CCAACAUCUCCCUCCUGAUGUAUUCUUGCUGCUGUGGAAAUUUAUCGAUAAUUCAAGUGGGAUCUGGAACGCAGAGUGCACAUUCUCUCCCAAGACAACCCGAAGGAGAAUCGUGCAAACCUUCAUCCUGCGAGGACUUACCUCACUGCAAGGGCGUUAGAGUCUGCCCAGUCCGUCCAUGGCUCUGCAGGAGCUGGGCAUCAGCCUGUCCCUGGUGGGGGUGGCUGGGACCAUCCUGAUCUGUGCUCUGCCCAUGUGGAAGGUGACAGCAUUCAUCGGCACUCACCUGGUGGUCAUGCAGGUGUUCUGGGAGGGUUUGUGGAUGACCUGUGUCAGCGAGUACACGGGCCAGAUGCAGUGUAAGCUCUAUGAUGCCCUGCUGGACCUGUCACCGGACCUCCAGGCAGCCCGAGGCCUUAUUUGCAUCAGCCUGUGCCUGGGAUGUCUGGGGUUCCUCAUCUUCCUCCUGGGGGCUCGAUGCACCAACUGCCUGAGCCACCCGUGGAUUAAGGCCCGGGUGGUGUUGAGCUCCGGGGCCAUCUUCUGCCUUUCGGCCCUCACAACCAUAGUGGCUGUUUCCUGGACGGCCAACACCAUCAUCAGCGAUUUCCACAACCCUCGAGUCCCCGAGGUGCUGAAGAGAGAGCUCGGAGCGGCCAUAUACAUCGGCUUUGUGACAUCUGGGCUGCUUUUCUGUGGCGGAGUCAUACUGUGUACAAGCUGUCCACCACAGAGAGCCAGGUUCCCCUCGAGUGGGUACACACUGGCCAAAACCCCCACAAGAAGCAGCUACGCCAUCAAGAACUAUGCAGCCCGGCUUGCAGUGAAGAGGAGGACGAGGCAGGCCGGAGCCAUGAAUCGGCAGCUGGAGCUCGCUGCCCUCGGUGUGGCCUUCGCCGGGUGGCUGUGUGCCAUCCUGACUCGCUGCCUGGCCCUGUGGAAGGUGAGCGGCACUCUGAACAACACCACGGCUUCUCUGCCUGCCUACUGGGACGGGGUGUGGCUGGAAUGGGAUCACUGGGAUUUAAACCACGAUGGCAGCCUGCACUGCUCCUUCUAUCAGUCUCUCAUGUCUCUUUCUGGAAGUUUUCGGACGUGGAGGGCCCUCAUCAUGGCGGCCAUCGGAGCUGGAGCCUUCGCUACGUUGAUUGCAGCAGCAGGCUUGAUAUGGUUCCCUAAACGUGGCCAGGUCAAAGUGUUUUCUGGUGCGCUCUUUGUUUUGUCUGGGAUCCUGCUGCUGGUUCCCACAGCCUGGACAUGCCAUCACACCAGCCAGCCACUGGAGGGGGCUGUGCUGCUGAGGAGAGACUGGGGCCCUGCUCUGUACCUUGGAUGGAUCUCCUUUGGGUUGAUGCUGGUCGGUGGAGUGUUUCUCACCACCAGAUGCCCGACUACUGAGAACCAGGCAGAGCCACAUGAAGACAGCAGGUAUCCGAACGUGGACGAGGAGGCUAAUCACCCCCUGAGCAGGAUCAACAGGACUACGUUCACCAGCAGCCAGUACGAACGCAGAUCACAGCCAAUCUGAGAGGACCGGGAUGUAAUAUUUAACAGAAUGUGUGUGUGUGUGUGUGUGUGUGUGUGUGUGUGUGUGUGUGUGUGUGUGUGUGUGUGUGUGUUUAAACUGGAAAAUCACUGACAUGUGAAACGGCUGUGGGUAGAUUUAACAGUUGAAGCUGCACGUGUUGAGUAAUGAUCCACUGGUUUAACUAAGAGUGAACUUAACAUUAGAAAGUGCAGACGCUCCAGUGUUUCCUGUGACUAGUUUUACUAAUAGGGAUGCGGGUAGCACUUUGAAUUUGCAUCUUCUUUUGCUGUGUUUUGUUGCAUUUCAAGUGAAAUUAACAAACAUUGCAUUUCUUGUUGCCACUAUUUAAAAUUACUGUAAAAUGAUACUUCUCAGCGUCUGCUCGGCUCUACUGGAUGCAAUUUUGAACCGAUUCUGCUCAUAUUAACACAGACUGAAGACUUACAACCGUCUGAUAAUUUCAACACCUUGUAAUGUCUUAAAUGUGAAUGAUGAUGAAUCUACAAUCAUUUCUAUAGCCGUACUGCACAAAUACAUUGCCCUACAUUAGAGUAAUGCAAUCUUACAAAUUUUCUGCAUGAAAGGAUGCUGUGGAAUAAAUUAUCUAAAAUGAUUAAUAACACUUGUUUACAAGAGUUAUUUGACUUUAAUCAUGCACUAUAGUGGCUCUAAUUAACUACACUGUAGAACACUGUAGGAGGUAAUAAGGUGAGGAAUAACUUUGAAGCGUAAUCUUUUAAUUUUUCGUUAAAACAAAUUAAAAGGGUGCAUGAUGAAAAGGAAGCAGGUGCUGCCUUUUGAGUAUCUAUUGAUAGUAAGUUAUACACAUAGGAGAUGUGAAGCUGGAUUUUUAAGAAUUCUGUUUGCAGAUCAAUGUUUUGCAGAUAUUCCAUGGGACAGUAAGUGUGAAGCACUUCAGACACUUCGAGGUCGUUCUGUAACGGAAAAACAUCAGUUUUUCUUUCUAGAUUUUUGUCAAACUUCCUAAAAGAAAUGACACUUGUUGCAAUACAUUUCCCACAUUUUGUUUUUUCUUUUUACCUAAAAGCCUCAAAUCAAUUUGAGCAACAAAACAUUUCUCCUAAUUAUGUGAUUGUGAAUUUUUUGGUAUCAUUUUUCUGCAGUCAUACCACCUGGAUGUUGUAGUUUUGUGUGAUUCCUGUCAUAGUUUUGCAAAUAAAAACAGUUUUCAAAAUA